GAGAGGUUUGUGUUUGUAGCUCCGUGUACCUUCGCUUUUUAUUGAAUCUCUACCUUACUUUCAAUCCCUUUUGUCUAAAGUGAUAAUAUAUAACUUAAUUCCCACCAUAUUUCUGGUGUUAUCUUUCAAACUAAUCUAACUAAUUUGAUCGUUCUCCUUUAAAAACCGUGAGUGCAGCUUGUUAGCCCGUUAGCUUGUCACUCGCGGUUCCAUUUGCAUUUCUAUUCGCGCCUAUUAUUAUUUUAUUUUUUCCUCGCUCCGUUUUUCACGAGCUCAUCAAACAACAGUGGUAAGUGGUAAGUUAAGUUGGUAUCAUUCAUCAAUCACGGUGAGUAAUGGCUUCUUCUCCUGCUAUUGUUGUUUGCACUGUUUGCCACAUGUAUAGUUUAUCUGUCUCUGUCAGCAGCGAGGGAUUCACAUGUGAUAAAUGCAGGGAAAUAGUUAGGCUGACAGAGAAGGUUUUAGAACUAGAGACACGCAUCCAAACUUUAGUUGAGGACAGUAAGAAUGUGAGGGCUGUAGAUACUGCUUUGGAUGCGACUAGCUCAGGGAGUCCUGUACAUUGUUCGGUUUCGGUUGAGCCCGUGCAGCAGGGCAACUGGGUGACAGUGAGGCGGCAUAGUCGCGGGUCAAAACACCACUCUUCCGUUCCGAUCAGAACAUCAAACAGGUUCUCCCCACUCAGUGAAGCACCCACUGAGAAACCUGACGAAAGUGCUCUAGUUAUUGGCGAUUCUAUUGUACGGAACGUGAAAAUAGAGACACCAGCCACCAUAGUCCAUUGUUUACCCGGAGCCAGAGCGCCUGACAUCUUGGCAAAUUUAAAAGUGCUGACUAAUGCUAAACGUAAAUUCAGUAAGAUUGUUAUCCACGUCGGCGCUAAUGAUGUUCGACUUCGCCAGUCGGAGAUCACCAAAAAUAAUGUUAAAGAGGUGUGUGAACUUGCAAGUACGAUGUCAGACACUGUAAUAUGCUCUGGUCCGCUCCCUGCUUACCGUGGUGAUGAGAUUCAUAGCAGACUGUCGUCACUUAAUGGCUGGAUGUCUAAGUGGUGCCCGCAAAAUAACAUAGGCUUUAUAGACAAUUGGAAGAAUUUUUGGGGCAGACCUGACCUGUUGAAAAGAGAUGGUGUUCAUCCCUCCUGGGGUGGUGCCGCUCUUCUCUCUAGAAAUAUGGCACAUAGUCUUAGAGUUUGUACUUGACU